AUGGUUAACUGGACCGCCGACAAAGAUCAGAUCAUUCUGAAGGGUAUCUUCAAGUUUCAUGAUAUCAAGAGCAGCGCGCCACUUCUCAAGUACCUAUCUGAAGAGAUCGGUGGCGACUGCACCCCCAAGGCCGUCUCCCACCGCCUCACCAACAUCCGCAAAGGCGGCACUACCCACGCCGUCGCCUCGCCAACUCGCGCCGCUUCCACACCCAAGACACCCCGUUCGAAGGCCAAGCCCGUUCUGCGCAAAAAGAAAGCCGUCUCCGAGGACGCCGACAGUGACGGUCCCCAAGGUCUCAUGGACGACGACGAAGUUCUGUCUCCGACUGCAGCGCGUGGCAAGCGCACGCUCAACGGCAGGCGUAAGCCUACUUACGAUGAGACCUCAGACAAGGAGGACGAGGAGGGCCAGGUCGAGGAUGACUACGUCCCGAUGGCUAAGCGGGUCAAGGAGGAGCCUGUUGAUGAGGAGGGUGUCGUUGUUGAAGAGCUCGUUGAGGAAGAGGUUUAA